CAGUUUAUAAGUUGGCUUCGACAUGAGCAGCUACUUAUAGAGUAAAUAGUUAUUUAGUUUUCUUUUAACUGGUUUGUUUUAAUCAUAAGUAUCAUAAGAUACAUCUUCAUGAAUCAAUUUAUUACUUUUCUGCAAGAUUUAAAGGUGACUUCGUAAAACACUAAGCUUUGGUACAACUCUUUUUCUGGCUUUUAACACGCAUCAUCUAUGUUCUCACCUUACUUACCUCGCAAUAAUAAUGAAUCUGUUAAUUAUUUUGAAAAGUUAGUCAUUUUAGGAGAUUCCGUAACUCAGUAUGGAUAUACACCUGGAGGCUAUUGCGCAGAAUUGGCAAAUUUCUAUCAAAGACGACUUAUAGUUGAGCCAUGGGGAUUAUCGGGAUAUACCUCAAGGCAUUUUUUAAGAUAUUUUUCGAAACUCCCAAUUGACAUUGACCAUACUCGAAUCGUCAUUAUUUAUUUGGGUACCAAUGACAGUCAAAUAGUGGAUGGAAAAUGUCUUUGUCCGGUUGAGGAAUACAAGGAAAAUAUAAAAGAAUUAGCACGAAAGUUUCCAAAAACCUCGAAGAAGAUUUUCGUUUCACCGUCAAUAACUACAAAAGUACUUCGCUAUGAGCGGAACCAAGAACCGUAUGUGGAAGCUACGUACAAAGCGGCUGUGGAAAUGGAUAGUGAAAUAGGAGAUACAACUUGGAUUGACAUGCACAGUGCUACGAAAUAUAACUUGGUUCCCGAGCUUUUAUUUAGUGAUGGCGUCCAUCUCUCAGCAAUGGGAUACAACAUCCUUUUCCAACAGAUUGUUUCUAAAAUCACAACACUUUGGCCUCAACUCUUGCCUAAACAUCUUCCAAUGCAGUUACCUUACUAUAGGGAAAUUAUGUUCACCUGA